UUAUAAGUAUUCUCCACGAUCUACAACUUCUAUUCUUCGAUUCCCACUACAGUUUUCUCUCUCCUAGACAUUUCGUCGAACUUCUCCAGGGCGAGCGACCCCCCCACAACACAGCAAUCGCCAAUGUCUCUGCGACCCAAUUCUCGCGCGGAGGGCCGGAAGAAGUCGUACAAACUCGGCGUCGACGGCGACGAAGCGCGGCGGCGGAGGGAGGACAAUCUGGUGGAGAUCAGAAAGAACAAGCGAGAGGACAAUCUCUUGAAGAAGCGCAGAGAGGGUCUGAGUAAUCAUCAUCCUCAGUCUCUCCAACUCUCUGAUGCUUCUCAGUCCACCCCUGCCGCCAUCGAGAAGAGGUUGGAAAGUAUUCCUUUGAUGGUGCAAGGAGUAUGGUCUGAGGAUCCUGGAGCGCAAGUUGAAGCAACCGCUCAGUUCAGAAAGCUAUUAUCAAUUGAGCGCUGUCCUCCUAUAGAUGAAGUGAUAAAAGCAGGUGUUGUGCCUCGAUUUGUGGAGUUUCUUGGAAGGCAUGAUCUGCCUCAACUGCAAUUUGAGGCAGCAUGGGCUUUGACCAAUGUUGCUUCCGGGACAUCAGAGCAUACUCGAGUUGUUAUGGAAAAUGGCGCUGUCCCCAAAUUUGUGCAACUUUUGAGCUCUGGCAGUGAUGAUGUCCGCGAGCAGGCAGUAUGGGCUUUGGGUAAUGUUGCUGGUGACUCUCCAAGUUGUAGAGACCUUGUUCUUAGUCACAGUGCGCUUAUGCCUUUGCUAGCUCAGUUGAAUGAACACUCAAAAUUGUCUAUGCUGAGAAAUGCUACAUGGACUUUGUCCAACUUCUGUCGGGGCAAGCCUCCAACACCAUUUGAGCAGGUGAAACCUGCAUUGCCAGUUCUUCGGCAACUUAUCCACUUAAAUGAUGAAGAAGUUCUAACAGAUGCUUGCUGGGCACUCUCUUAUCUUUCAGACGGCCCAAAUGAAAAAAUUCAAGCUGUGAUAGAGGCAGGUGUCUGUCCACGACUGGUGGAGCUUCUUCUUCAUCCAUCGUCAACGGUACUUAUACCUGCUCUAAGGACAGUGGGAAACAUCGUUACGGGUGAUGAUGGACAGACUCAGUUUAUAAUAGAUAACCAUGUUCUCCCUGGUCUCUUCCAACUUCUCACAACAAACCACAAAAAGAGCAUCAAGAAAGAAGCUUGCUGGACAAUUUCAAACAUCACUGCUGGCAAUCGAAGUCAAAUUCAGGCUGUUAUUGAAGCCCAUAUCAUCCUACCUUUGAUUCAACUUCUAGAGCAAGCAGAAUUUGACAUCAAGAAGGAGGCUGCCUGGGCUAUCUCAAAUGCUACCUCGGGAGGAUCUCCUGAGCAGAUUCGAUUUUUGGCGAGCCAAGGUUGCAUCAAGCCACUGUGUGACCUUCUAAUCUGUCCUGACCCACGGAUCGUGACUGUGUGCCUUGAGGGGCUUGAGAACAUCUUGAAAGUGGGUGAGGCUGACAAGGAAACUGGACUAAACAGCGGCAUAAAUUUAUACGCACAAAUGAUUGAUGAAUGUGAAGGAUUGGAUAAGAUCGAGAAUCUCCAGACCCACGACAACCAUGAGAUCUAUGAGAAGGCUGUGAAGAUGUUAGAGAGAUACUGGGCUGAGGAAGAUGAGGAAGAACAUCAUGUCCAGGACGGAAUAGAUAGAAAUCAACAAGGUUUUAAUUUUGGAAAUGCCCAUCCCAACCUUCCAGCUGGCGGAUUCAAAUUUGGGUAGGGGGAAGCUUUAGAGUCAAUUUGUGGUUUUAUUUUACAGGUCAUCUUAUUCCUUACGUUAUUUGAAUGAGUUUUUGAGAGUUUGUUGUCCGGUUUCCUUGUCGCCUAAAGUCAGGUAUUUUUUUGGGUCUGACAGAGGCUGAAUGUGUUUAUGGAAUGCGUUCAAGUGUAAGGGGUUUAACUUGUGAUUUCAUCUUGAUUUGUAUAUUCUAUGGUAUUGUGAAGGUUAUAUCUGACGAUUUACUCCGACGUGAACUGAAGAUUUUACCUGGUACUUGUUGGAGCCAAUUUCUUCUA